AUGGCGUCUCUCGGAGAUCAGCUAUUCUUCACGGAUGUCCAGACUCAGUCUGAUGACUGGGUAGACUUCGAGCAAUUCCUCGACCUCCCGGUGGCUUAUGGCGAUGACUAUUCCGCCUCCGCCACCGUCUCGCCCGACAUGAGUCUUCCAUACGAUGCUGAAACGCUCGGAAAUGACCUGCCGGACUUCUCUCAAUCCGCCUUUCCUGACAUGAUCAACUAUGGAACCUCCGAUGAUCAGUUCCUGGCCGACCAGUCCCCUGUAUUCGGAAUGAUGCCGGAUACUCCGAUCUUCGACGAUGAGAUGUUCAAUUCUUACCAGCCUUACGACGACAACGGGCUUUCCUUCCGCCAGAUGGUCGAGACGCAGGCCGCCGCCGACCCUCGUACCACUUCUAUCAAAGAAAAGCGCCGCGAAGCCGCCAUUGAAUUGCACCUCCAGCGAUUGUGCGAUGCCACCGCCCGCGAUCUGGACAUGUCUUCCGAUUCGAAUACCAGCUUCUCUUCCCCAAGCUGGUCGGAUUGCAUGCGUGGAAGCAUUUCUCCUCAGCCUGCGAGCUUUGAAAGCCCCGAGAACACUCCUGCCUCCGCCUCCGCCUCUAGCGCUGGCACUGGAGGCCUCGAAAUGGUUCUUGACCUGAACAUGAAUGCGACUACCAACCUGCCAAAGAAGCAGAAGCCUCGCUCCCAGGCGCAGAAAGAGAACUACAUCAAGGCUCGCAAAUAUGGUGCUUGUGAGAAGCACAAGAAGCAGCAUAAGAGGUGCAACUGCCUGGAAAAGGCCGCCGCUCGUGCUGGAGUCAGCGACGUUCCACUGACCACCAAUGUCAAAGAACGGCCGCGCCAACCAAUGCUUCAUGCUCCAGUUCUUCCAGAUACGCGCCAAUCCGGCGUACCCGGACACGAUCCUUCACUGGUUCCACGCCUCGCAGCCAAGAUGAUCAAGAGAUCAAUCAGCAGUUCCCCGGAACACGAUCCAUCGCGGGGCCUAUGCGCUGUUCUCCCCACUGUGAGGACAACAAAGCGAAGCGAUGUCCCAGGCCACGAUCGAAACCCGUCUGGCGUUUUGCCGGCCGUCAGGGCUACAAAGCAAAGCGAUACUGCGGCUCCAGAUCGACUACGCAACACUUCUUUUACCUGGUCAAUUGUCAGGACAUCGAAGCAGAGCGAUGUUCCAGGCCAAGAUCGAGACACGUCUGGUAUUUUGCCAACUGUUCGAGCCACGAGACAAAGCAAUGUCCCAGGCCACGACCGGCAAAACAACACCUUUGUUGUUUCGCCGACUGCCAAGGCAACGAAGCAAAGCGAUAUUGCGGGUCAGGACCGGCAAUACGCUACUUCUGUUUUGUUGCCAAUUGGCAAACGAAGCAGCAGUGUACCGGGUCACAACUCGCAGUACAACUCCUCUGGCGUCCUACAUGUAAACCAAAAUGUCGGAAAAUUCAACAGAGCACCAGGUCACGCGAAUUCGUGCCGACCACCAAGUGUUCUUCAAUCUGCCAAGGCAAGUCGCGAGUCGGCAGUGCGUUCGCGCACCGUUGGCCCUGCGACUGUGCUUUCGAAGGACAGAAACAACAGAAACGUUUCGCCGACAAGCUCGAGCGCAGGCAAUUCACUCAAAGCAAUUCUGCAAGUUCGGCCCCCCACCACGGGAAUGCCUUCACGUCCUUUGGAGACCUCCGAGCCAGGCCGCACCCGCAUCCGCUCCAACCAAAAGCAGUACGCUCCGAGGCUCUGCAGUUCGAAUACCCUGGUUAUCUCAAGACCCAGCCACAAGCCAACUCCGCAAGGAGUCAAUCAGCCACUGGAGAGUAUAUCUACAGUGCCAAAUCAUGGACCAAAGCAAAGCCUGGCCCAACGCUCGUCGCGCUCACUAUCGCCUAUUCAUGGAAUCGCAUCUCAAGCUAUUCCAACUGGGCAAACUGUUCGCUCGAUUACCAGUCAACUUGGCGGGUUAUUUUCAAGCGUUGUCUCGACGGUCUCUGGUGCCUUGUUUUCGGCGGUAUCGCCGGCAUUUGCCUCUCGGUCUGAACAAUUGAUGUUCAACUGUCUGUCAUUCUGUGGCGCCCACAUGAUGUCUGCAAAGAAAGGCCUCCAGCUGUAUCAGCUUUAG